AUGUUGGGGGGCUCCUGCUCCAGCCUGCCCCUCCCUUCCACCCCACCCUCCGGGGCCUGUCAGAUUCGAUCACCCUCCCUGCUCAAUGAGAACAAUGGCCCUUCGUCCACCCCCUCCGUCGCUAUACCCGUCGUCACCACCGCGACCGGCGCUGUCUACCAAUGCCAGAGCAGUCUGGAGACGACAGUCCGUCCCUCACCGGGAAGCGCCGUAGCAGCCGCCCCGGCAUCUACAUCUGUUGGUGGCGCCGGAGCAGCCAAUGUAAACCGAGCGCGACAAAAGGUAGGCUGA